AUGCUUGACGACAGCCCCGCAGCCAGAGAAGCGGGAAAAGACACACAGCAGCAGCAGCAGCAGAGACAGCAGCAGCAGCAGCAGCAGCAGCAGCAGCAGCAGCACAGACAGCAGCAGCAGGAGAGGCAGAGGCCGCCACAUCCCGGCUUCCUCGUGCCGCCUUCUGCCGUUGCUAGUAGACAGCAGCAGCAGCAGCAGCAGCAGCAGCAGCAGCAGCAGCAAAGGGCGCUAGAGGGUGUGAGUGCUCUUGGUGUUGCAGUUGAUGUAUCUCCAGCUGCUGCUGCGGAGACAGACGACGAACACAGCAUCUUCGAUUGGCAUCAGCAGCAGCAGCAGCAGCAUGCUGCUGCUGCUGCUGCAGCAGGAACAGCAGCAACUGCAGCAACUGCAGCAACGGCGGCAGCAGCAGCAAAUAAUGUCAUGCUUAAGACACCCAGCUCUAGUGCGAAUGCUCCUGCUGCUGCUGCUCCUGCUGCUGCUGCGGAGACAGACGACGAACACAGCAUCUUCGAUUGGCAUCAGCAGCAGCAGCAGCAGCAGCAGCAGCAGCAGCAGCAGCAGCAGCAAAGAGGCUAUGCUGUGCGUAGCCCCUCAUCAACAACCCAGGAAGUUGAACUCCUAGAUCUCAGCCCUCGGCUUAUCGACGAUAGCAGCAGCAGCAGCAGCAGCAGCAGCAGCAACAGCAGCAGCAGCAGCAGCAGCAGCAGCAGCAGCAGCCGCUCAGGUGUGAUCGAGGAGACGGCGCUGCUGUGGGGCGAGGAGAGCCCCUCAGAAUGCCAGCACCAAGCUGUCGAUACACCUGAAGCAGCAGCAGCAGCAGCAGCAGCAGCAGCAGCAGCAGCACCAACUGCAGCAGAAGAUGAAUCAGCAGCAGCAGCAGCAGCAGCAGCAGCAGCAGCAGCAGCAGAACUCGAUGAAGACGAAGCAGCAAACCUUCAUAGCCCCUGGGAUGACCUAGAUGAGGCCGAGUACAAUUCUGACGAUGCUGCUGCUGCUGCUGCUGCUGCUGCUGCUGCUGCUGCUGACAGCAGCAGCGCGCCUGUUGCAGCAGCAGCAGCAGCAGCAGCAGCAGCAGAAGAGGCAGAAGCAGAAGCAGCACCAGCAACAGCACCAGCAGCAGCAGGGAUCGAGGCCCCCUCCCCCGGGGGGCCCCCCUGGCAGUCGGGGGCCCCAGACCUUCUAACGGGGGAUUUGUGA